GGGUUUUGGGUGGGACAAUGGGGACCACAGGUGUUAGGAGCUGCUACGAUGAAGGCAAGCGCACCGCCGAGACACUGACAAUGGACUACCACCGUGGUGCCCAAGUCGAGGUGAGGAUUGCUCGGAUCUUUAACACUUACGGGCCUCGUAUGUGCAUUGAUGAUGGCCGGGUUGUCAGCAAUUUUGUUGCUCAGGCCUUGAGGAAGGAGCCAUUAACGGUUUAUGGGGAUGGAAAGCAGACAAGGAGCUUCCAAUAUGUAUCUGAUCUGGUGGAGGGGCUGAUGAGGCUGAUGGAAGGUGAACAUGUUGGCCCAUUCAACUUGGGCAACCCUGGAGAGUUUACGAUGCUGGAGCUUGCAAAUGUGGUGCAGGAAACCAUCGAUCCCAAUGCGAAAAUUGAGUUCCGUCCCAACACCGAGGACGACCCCCACAAGCGCAAGCCUGACAUCACCAAGGCCAAGGAACUGCUUGGCUGGGAGCCCAAGAUCCCUCUCCGCCAAGGUCUUCCGCUGAUGGUCUCUGACUUCCGCAAGCGUAUAUUUGGUGAUCAUUUUGACGUGAAUCCAUCCACCACUACCACUUCAACAGCCACUGGCACAGGAUUCUCUUAAGCAGCAAAUUGUUCUUGUUGUUUUUGCUCACUCUGGGACUUAGUAUGUGCUAUAGAGGGAGGAAACGAAUCAUAAAAUCCCCAGUGGGUAUCAAAGAAGAGCAAUGAGAGAAAGAUCAGCACUUCAUUUGUGUUCUUAAUAGGUUGACCAUUUUCCCAUCGCUUCUUGCUGUGUACGUUACUACUGCAGGCUGAGGGGAUCUACCUAGCUUCAUUGCAGCAGCACAAGAUCCUUAGGAUGCUAUUGUUUUAAUAUAAGCAGGUUGUCCCUCUGUGUUGUUACUAAUGUUUGAUAGUCUUAUGUUUCUUUGAAUAAAUUGAUAGUAUUUGUUGUGUA